AUGAUGAUUAACCCGGAAAGCGUUGAAGAAUUUUACACGUUCGGACAGCAAUUCAAGGAGUUGAUCAUCGAGUCUGCGAACAUUUCUAAAAAGAACCUUGGGUCUGUUGGUCGGAAGCACAAGUUGCUCGCCUCCUAUUCGUUGCAGAAUGAAGUGUACAAAUGCCGGUACAUUCUGGAAGAGGAUGCGGUCGAAGAAUUCUUUGGGUUCGGAAACAUGGGCGUUUUGACGAGGAACGACGUCAUCAUUCAACGUACAUUUUCAACCGACUUCGACAUCAAAGAUGUUCUCUGGUGCGACUUCUCACCCGCCAUAGGAAGCCCUAUGUGGAAUAACUGUUUUGUUUUGCUCGGUUCCAAUGUCAUGGAUGUUUACCUAAACAACGGUGAAAUGUUCGGUCUAACUUUGCCUUUUAAUGUUCAGCGUUGCUUCACGGCGUCGUUUGGACUCAUUUUUGAACGAGUACCUAUGAAAACGAAAAGUGAGAUGCAGACGGUUCCUACGAUUUUCUCCCUGAGCCACCCUAUGAACGAAUUGCUUCCGGUUGUUUAUCGAACUUCUGAAAACAAAUCCGCGGCUCAUUACUUGGCAAAAUACUUGACCGCGGAUUUCAUAUCCGUAGUAUUCUCGUCCAGCGAUUCGUUCAUUUUGACAUACAACCGUAAAACCGGCCUCCACGGUGUCUGGUAUUCAAGGAAAGCUUCAAACGAGGAAGCUUCUGCUGCAGCUCAAUGCUUGGAAGAGUCUUUCUUAUCAAUGAUGGACGCAUCGUCACUUGUGGCGGACGUUUCAGCUGGUUUAAAUGUUACCAUCAGUGGCGGCGGCAACGUACUGCGCGAAACUCGUUCGACUAAUGUUCCUGCAUCGUCGUUGACCAAUUUGACACAGGGCGCGGGCUCAUCACAGCAAGUCAGCACUGGGUCCAGUUCGGAGGCGCUGCUAAAGCUGUCAGCAAGUAUCCAAAGUGCAACCGGCGGCUGUUCGCACAGUUUUGGAAAACAGAAGAGCGAUUCGGCCAUCAUGACAACUAGCAGCGUACUUACCCCCGGCGAUGGUUCAAAGUCGACUUUGCUGAAGUUUUUGUCACCGUUAACUCCUACAUCAGAACCCCAGAAGCGCCAGUCACCUGCCGUAUCGAGACUUAUGCAGAUGAGGCAAGUGUUUUAUCACUUUGGUAAGACUUGUCACAGAUCGCCGGUGCUAACAGCGAUGUCCAUUAGCGAAGGGUAUCCGACUCCGGCCAGCCGCAAAAACCAAUCAGUUUGUUCCACUACCAAUCGCAAUAAUGUUACGGAAAGUAAUUUCUAUUGGCCGGCCGAACCACCCAUUCCUGACAUCUGCAUGGUGUUGCUGUGGCAAGAAAAGGCGAUAUUCAAAAGUGAUGCUAGAGCAGCGAAGGCAUUUGUGUCGACCGACAUCGUCGGACAGCCUUUUCUCUUCUACCUAAUUCGAGAAAUGCAGCAACUAAGGUGCCUGAAGUUUUAUUACAAAGAUGACGGUUGCCCAGCAGUUUCGAAUGAUCCGUUUCAAGUGAUCAGUUGUAGGGAUGCAUGUCCCUGUCUGGUAAAUAUUGGUAUUUGA